CGCCCCCUGGAGGUUGUGUGAAGCGGCGGCGGCGGCUGGCUCCCAGUGGCACGAUCUCUUCUCCGGCUUGGCUCCUGGGUUGGGAGCGGCGGAAGGGCGCCCGAGCCCACGCAUGGCGCUUGUGACCGUCUGUCGCUCCCCCUCGGGGAGCGGCCACUCGACACCCACCGGCUGCAAGGAUGAAGAUGUUCCCAGGAGAAGGCAGCUGCAGAGACGCCACAGCUUCGUCAUGGUCAAAGGAGCCGCUCUGCUCCUGCAGGAAGAGGAGAAGCUGGAGGCAGUGCAAGAGGGUCCAGCAAGCCCCCUAGACCAGAAGCCAGAGAGCGAGAAUGUUGCACCAGGACAGCAGGAACGGCACUUGCAGCAAAUGGUGGGGCUGUUGCGGCCGGAAGACACCAUCCGGCUGGCUGUGAGGCUGGAGUCAGCUCGAGCUCAUCGAAUCCGGUACCUGCUUGUCGUGUCAGCAGCGGAGAUGGAAAGCAAGAAUGAGAUGGUGCUGCUGGGAGUGGACUUCCCUGAAGAAGGCUUGGCUGUCUGCACGUUGGGGAUGGUGCUUCCACUAUGGAGUGACACCCAGGUCUUCCUUGAUGGCGAUGGGGGCUUCAGUGUGACAUCUGGGGGGCAGACGCGGAUCUUUAAGCCCAUUUCGGUCCAGACCAUGUGGUCUGCACUGCAAGCGCUGCACAAGGCAUGCAGCGAAGCCGUCUGCAACAACCACUUCCCAGGCGGCAGUGCCUUGAGCUGGACGGAGUGGUAUCAGAAGGCCGUGAACUCGGAGCAGAGCUGCAUUAACGAAUGGCUGGCCAUGUCUGACUUGGAAUCUGUGCGGCCCAGUUCACCUGCAGUCUUCUCUGAGCAGCCGACAGCACAGGAGAUGACAGAGCGGAUGAUCCGGGCCAAGCUGCGUGAGGUGAUGGCCACCACUGACCUGGAGAACAUCACCUCCAAGGAGAUCCGUACAGAGCUGGAGCGGCGAGCCGGCUGCAGCCUGAAGGACUACAAGGAGUUCAUUGACAAUGAGAUGCUGCUCAUCAUGGCUCAGAUGGAUCGGCCCUCCAGAAUCUUUGACUACCUGUACUUGGGCUCUGAAUGGAAUGCAGCCAACCUUGAGGAACUCCAAAGGAACAGAGUCAGCCACAUCGUCAACGUGACCCGUGAGAUCGACAACUUCUUCCCAGAGCACUUCACGUACAUGAACGUGCGGCUCUAUGAUGAGGAGAUGUCACAGCUGCUGCCGCACUGGAAGGAGACCUACAGCUUCAUUUCAGCUGCCCGGGCGCAAGGCUGCCGGGUGUUGGUGCACUGCAAGAUGGGCGUGAGCCGCUCUGGCUCCACGGUGAUUGCCUACGCCAUGAAGGAGUACGGCUGGUCCCUGGAGCAGGCCCUUUGCCAUGUGCGGGAGCGACGGCCAAUUGUCCACCCCAACCCAGGCUUCAUGAGACAGCUAGAGCUUUACCAGGGCAUUCUGGAUGCCAGCCGACACAGCACCCUCUGGGAACAAAAGUUAGGAGACGACCGAUCAGAAGGCUCUUCAGAGAUAAGUGAUGCCAGCAAUGAUCUCUCAGGGAGCCCAGGCUAUGAGACUUUGAGCUCAGAAGAAGAGCCAGAAGAGUCAGUGACAACCCCCCAGUACUGCUUCCGACCUUUGCGGGAACCUCCUGAAGAACCCACCCACCCUCUAGCCUCCCCUGGUGGCCCUGAACUUAGUCUCCAGGUAUCAGAGGAACCCGGGGCAUCAGACGACUCAGGAGCCGAGGAGGUGCGGAGACACCUGGCGACCAUGCGAGUACCGGAGAAGCCAGCCAUGCUCCGACGGACACGCAUCAAUCUCUACGCGGUCAUGCGCAGCAUCAGUGAGAUGGAUAGCCCAGAACACAUCUCUGUGCCAGAGCAUGCCUCCGAGGAAGAGGUAUUUCUCCAUGCUGACAGGAAGACUCCUGUGACCUCUGAGCCAUCGCCUCCAAAUGAGGAGAGUUUAAGGUCAGCGACAGACUCUACAGCAAAAGAGUCCCUGCCUGGAGGGGAGCAGGCUCAGGGACGCAGACCUGGGCGGCGUGGACGUAGAGCUCCCCGGAGCCGCCCCCAGCCCUGCAAGCAGCUCUCCUACCACCCGGCACCAGGCAGGGUGCGCAAAGUUGUUCGGCGCAUGGAGGGCCCUGUCCCAUUUGGCCGCAGGCCCCCUUUGCAGCACCGCCUUUCUGUGGCUCAACUGGCUGAUGCUGCCCUGGUGGUGAGUCGGGCCAAGGAGUUUGAGGGGCAGGUGGAUCCUGAAAGCCCUCACAAGCUCCUGUCGCCUUCUCCGCCAGGAGCCCAGCCUGGAGAAAGCACUGCCCCCCGGUCCCUGCCCUCCUCCCGGUCCCGACGGGUGGUGCGCCAGGCCAGUGUUGACAUGGAGCCCAGCUCAGGCUGAAAACCUGCCUCUGCCUUUCUCUGAUUACUAAGUGGGGUGAUUCUUGGGGCCUGGAGUCUGAACAGAAGGGUCAUUUCUUACCAUGGGGGACUUCCUUCCUCUGCCUAAGGCACUUGAGUGGCCAUUGGCCUGGGAGAUGGCAUCUUCUGAACACUGCCUGGAGGAAGGGUAGGUAGAAGGAGGGGAGACCAGCCCUUCAGGAAACUAGAACUGCAUCACAAGCUCACCUCCGCGUCCUUGGGUACCACUGGUGGGGAAGAGAACCAGUCCCUCCGUCCGCUUGUUUCAGGCCUCCCAGUGGACUGGAAGAUUGCACAGCUCCAAGUUCACAUUGCAGGGCACUUCUGCUUGUUCCUUUUAACUUGCUUAUGAUGCCACUGUAGGAGGGCCAAGGCAGUAGCCUCUCACUGUGAUCCAGCUGGGGAAACAAGCAGCCCCGACUUCCUUUUGCACGCAUACGCACACAUUAUGCCAUUGCCAGCUUCACUCAGCCUGAAAAUAAAGAGUUAACUCACUUUUUCCACUUGCCAGAGUU